AUGACUUCAUUGCAUUAUUCGACAUUUGGAACGUAUCGACCACAGGUGAAAUCUGGUUACUUUUGGUUCUAUGUGUUGCACUUUAUACCAUUAGUGCUGAGUAUGCCCAUGUUAAUCAUCAUGGCCAUUCUUCCAGAUGAUUCUGAAAAUGGAAACAUUCAUUUGGGAGCAGCCAUUGUUGGAAUGGGAUGUUUACUACUCUAUGCUUUGAUUAAUGUAGUGUUUCAACUCAUUCGAAUGGUCAAAUUGGCUCUAAACAAAUCGACCUGUUUGUGUCAUGUCCUUUGGAACAAGAAUGAAAAGGUAUUACCCAAUGUUGUGUUUUAUGUGGCCUGUUCAUGUGGAAUUUUGUUGAAUCUGGCUCUUGAGGUUAUGGCUGUAGUGGGAAUGGUGGUUUGGAUGAAUGGCAAUUUAUUAGGUGAAUGGCUGGCCGUUUUCACCAUUGUUGGCACGCUCAUUCCUCUCUUUGUGGAAAGUCACUUUGAGUUUUUUGGUAGAGCAACCAACAAAUUCUUCGACCACGAUUCAUGCUGA